AUGAAGACGUUCAGCAUCAUACUCGCUGCAUCUCUGGCAGUUACAGCCGUGGCCCUCCCAGCUGGAGGUGGUGAAUUGGAUCGGGUUCAUACCGUUACCGUCCAGGCCUCGAAUACCGCGGCAACUCCAGCACCGACCUGGAACUGGCGUGAGGGUGCCGUAGACUCGUAUCCCAUCCACUCCUCUUGCAACGGCACCGAGCGUCUGCAACUGGCUCGCGCAUUGGAUGAGACGGUCACCCUGGCCCGCCAGGCUCGUGACCACAUCCUCCGCUUCGGCAAGACAUCUAGCCUUUACUCCAAGUACUUUGGCAACGCCUCCACGGCCGAGCCGAUUGGCUGGUACCACAAGCUCGUCAGCGGUGACAAGGCCGGAAUGUGGUUCCGCUGCGAUGAUAUUGAUGGCAACUGCCACCAAGAAGGCUGGGGCGGCCACUGGCGAGGCGAGAACGCAACUUCCGAGACCGUCAUAUGUCCCCUCUCGUACACGACCCGCAAGUCCCUCGAGGGCCUCUGCGGCUUCGGCUACACCGUGGCUACCGGAAAGCUCAACACCUUCUGGGCCGGCGACCUGAUGCACCGCAUCUUCCAUCUGGAGCCCGUCGGCGAGGGCGUCCUCGAGCACUAUGCCGACUCGCACUCGGAGUGCCUGGCGCUUGCCAAGUCGGACCCUGCCAAGGCCGUCCGCAACUCGCACACGCUGCAGUACUUUGCGCUCGACGUCUAUGCUUACGACAUUGUGCUGCCUGGAGAGGGAUGUGCCGGCAAGUCUCCCUCGGCCAGCAGUGAUGGUGGCCAUGUGGCUCCGUCGACGACCACUACUUCCCUGCCCACACAGACUAGGGCUGCCCCGGCUGAGUGCCACACACACGCCGAUGGCGUCGUGCACUGUUCCUAA